AUGGCCCCAAAGAGCAUUCGAGGUCUAAUGACCUUGUGGUUCAACGUCUGCAUGUUGGGAGGCCAGGCACUGGGCAUUUUCACAGUGUUUGGCUGCAGCACCAACAUUUCAUCGGAGCACAGUCUUCAGUACCAGAUUCCCUGGUUCGUUCAGACCUUUGUCCCCGCAAUCGCUGUCGGCUUGUCAUUCUUUUCAGUUGAGUCGCCGAGGUGGCUCGCCAUUCAGGGAAAGCAGAAGGAUGCCCUUGACGCUCUGGUGAAGCUCCGUGGUUUACCAGCUGAUCACCCAUACUUGGAGGAGGAGUAUGCCUUGAUCGAAACCCACUUGGAUGAUGAGAACCAGCAGUCUGGGGCAGGGUUGACUAUCGUUGCCUAUAUCCUUGCCCAAUUUUCCGGCGCCAACUCGGUUACCAACUAUCUUCCAACGAUCUUCGGCUACAUUGGAGUUCAGGGUGCUGGUGUCAAAGUCUACUCUUCGGGCUUAUACGCCGUUGCGAAGAUGAUUUGUUGUCUUGUCGCCUCCCUUGUCUUUGUCGAUGUCCUCGGCAGACGAAAGUCUCUCAUUAUCGGCAUUACAAUUCAGGCUGCUUGUCGCGCCUACCUCAGUGGCUAUCUGAAGUACUUUACCAAAGACCCAGACUCAGUACCGAAAGGGGCAUCAGACGCUGCCAUCGGCAUCAUCUACAUCCACGCUCUUGGAUGGGCUGUGGGACUUUAUACUUUACCAUACCUGUUCGGAUUUCACUGGUUGUUCUAUUUCGCCAUCACAAAAGCAACACCGAGCAUCCUGAGCAGUAUGGACAUCUGGGGUGCCUUCUUGUUCUUUGUCGGAUGGUGCAUCCUUGCCUUCAUCUACACGCUGUUCUUCAUUCCUGAAACGAGUGGCUUGAGCUUGGAUGAAAUGGAUGCCAUUUUCCAGCGACCCAUGCACAGGAUGCGACAAGCAGCAUCUGGGAAGAGUGAGGAGGAGCGAAUCGGCAGGCGAGUCUCGGUUGAAAAGGAGGCAGUGGCCCAUCUUGAAAGGGACUAG